UGAUGUGCAGGCAGGACAGUUUACUUCAUUCAACUGCUUCCACAUUAUGGACAGGGACAAACGGUCGUUGGGCUUGCUUAUAAUUUAGGCUAAAGACAAUUCAUUACUUCUGUUGGAUUAUGUAGUCUGCUAUUCCUCAUUCUUUAUAGUAGCACAGUAAUCAAGUCCUUCAAUGGCCACAGCAAAGACUAUUACAUUUGUGACUUUGAACAUCAAUGGACUGAAGCAAAAGAAGUUUCAGGAAUUUCAAGAGGUGUAUAAUGCAGAUGUUAUUUUCCUACAAGAGACUCACAUUGGUGCAGGAAAUGAAUACAGUUUGGACAUUGAAGAUAAAUGGAAGAUUUAUUUCACUCAGUACACUUCAUCUCAAAAAGGCUCAGCUAUACUAUUGAGGAACACACUAGAUUUUAAAAUCUUCAGUCAUGAGAAGGACAUUAACGGAGCUUAUCUUGUACUGAAAUGUAAAUUACAAGGUCAGCCUUACACACUUGUUAGUGUGUAUAACCAUCAUAAAGACAUGAAAACUCUUGAUCAGUUGUCCAAGUAUCUGCAGCGCAUGGCCUCAGGAAUGCUUGUAAUCGGAGGAGAUUUCAACACUGUGCUGAAUCCCUUCAUUGACAAAGAAACUAAAUUCAGUCCCAGUAAGGUGACAAACAACCCAGCCCACAAUAAACUCCGCCACUGUAUAGAAAGAUUCAUGAAAUCUCUUCAACUGCUAGAUGUCUGGAGAAGAAUGAACCCAGUGACACGGAAUUACACAUUCAACAAAAACAACAUCAUGUCAAGGCUGGAUUAUUUCUUCAUACCAGAGGAAUGCAUGUGGCGCAUUAAACAUUGUGAAAUAAGCCACUUGCAGAGGCCAGAUCAUCAGCCUCUGAUUUUGAUGGUUAACAAUGUUCCUGUGAUCCCUUGCAAGAAAGAUCAAGAGAUACAAUACAUCAGUCAGCUGCUGCAACAAAAAAAGGAAUUUGGGAUUGUGCAAGCUGAUUUGUCUGGUAAUGAAGACAACCCCCAUUUGAUUACGGAGGUUGACAUUGUUACAGCCAUUGAGUCUCUGCAAGUGUCUGACACCCCAAGACCAGAUGGUAUAUCUGUGACCUUCUACAAGGAAUUAGCUCAAGAUCUAAUUCCAUACUUAAAAGUUCUCUACAGCAGGAUGCUCAGUGGGUCAUUUGACUUCCAAAAAGCUCACUUCUGUGAUUCAGUCCAAGAGCCUCACAUUGGUCAGCACUUUUUCAAUGUUGACUAUCUUAUUAUUGCAAGCAUUCUAGCGCGACGCAUAGGUGACCACUUGGAGUCUGAGCCCAAGAGGCAGAAAUCAGAUGGUUUUCCCUCUUUCUGGAUAACAUUCAAAACAUUAAGCCCCAGAGUAAAGUGGUCCUACAUCAAGAAUGCUUUAGAGGAACAAAAACGGUUGAAUUCUGCAUGGUGUCAAGACUUUAUAAUGUUGGAAAACCUCAUCAGACAUACUGAAUGUUCUCCAGAGUCAUACAAACAGCUGUGCCAGGGCUGUCCCCUAACUCCAGUUCUCUUGACUCUCAUUUUGAAGAGCAUUUCCUCAAAUCUGAUUGGACAUUUAGAGCAGCACAGAAUUCUUGUUUUCAGACAAAGCAUAAUUAUCUGUGUUCAGGUGGAAGAUCAAGACACGAUAGAGGCUACACUGAUGAACCUGUCAAAUGACCUUGGGAUGAGUGACAUUGUGGUACGUUCAAGAAAGAAUGGGUUUCAGUAUGAAUUUGAAAAUUGGGACGUGGAGUUUGAAUCGGACGAUGAAAAACAGUUCACCAGUGGAGAUGAAGAUGGGGUAGAAAACUGGUCUGAGCGGGACAAAUCUGAUGGAACUUACCAUGAGAGUGACCAUGAAGACGUGAGUAUGAGGGAUGUGGAGGAUGAAUUCCAUGAGGAUGAUUCAGUGCUGAGGCCUACUUUUCAUCAUAGGCAAACCAUGUAUGCAGUAGUUACCUUGACCUCGGAGGAAGUGGUGGUGGUAGCAAAAAACUGGUUAACUGAGGACAGAAAUCAAUCCUACUGGCCACCAUAUAAAUCACCUGAAAAUUUCAAAGCAGCUCUUAUGAAGAGAUCUCCACCUUCAUCUCAGUGGGAGAAAAUUGAUGUCACUUUCAAUGGAGAAUAUGGCACCUAUGCUGAUGCACAGAAAAUACAGCGAGAACUUAUUGGCUCAAAAGUUCAGAAGGAGGGGUUACCGUUUGGAGCAGUACCUCUAAAAAGAAGGAAGCUACAACCAGAGAAGAGUUCAGAUUCGUUCCUAAUGCCACCUGUACCAUCCCGGCCAACUCUGAAGGCUGGGUCCAAACGUCCAGCUGCACUCCCUGGCUCCAGCUCAAAUGAGAGUCAAAAACUCUUCAAAUUGCUGAGAGAAAUCAACAACAAAGUCCAAGAAAAUUCCAACAUGCUGAAAGAAUUACUCAGCAGAUCUGACGGCCACACAGCACUCCAGGACAAACUGCCACUUAAUAGCCAUGAAGAACUUUACAUAAUUGAAAAUAAGCUCAAAGAAGAGAAGACCAGGCAAACUUACAUACGUUACUUGUCAGGACUUGGAGGCUUUGGUGCGAAACAGAUUGUGAGAACGAUAAUGGAAGCAGUUAUGACUGAUGAUCUUGCUGAGUCAUUCAACUGGCACGGAAGGCAAAAUAAAAAAGCCAUAAGUGGUCUUGAAUUACUCAAAGUGAUCAAAGAUGCUGCACUAUACCGUGGAGUAAAUGAUGCAAACGCUGAAAAGGAAAUCAAGAACUGGCUGAGAUUCGCUGCAGAUCGGAAUGCUAGGAAGAAACUAAAAGACUUAAAAGAUAAUGACAUUGGAAACCCAACAGUAACUUCUGUCAGUGCCUCAGACAAUUCCUGUGAUACCUCUUAUUUUUUGCCAUGACUUGAAUUGAAGAAGUCCAACUGCUCUCGAAAGUCACAGUGAUUGUCAGUGACAACAAAAGCAUUGUGUACAUUAUUAUAAUAUGAAUAAUUUUAGCACUUAUCUAUUGAAUCAAAGUGAUAUCUGUCAUGUAGAAGAAGAGAAAAUUACUGUUGUAUGUGUAAUCUUGUUCUGAUUAAACAAAAACUGUCUAUUACAUCUUUAUGUACAAUAUAUAUCACCACUGUCCAAAAAAAGAAAAAAUCAAUUUUUUUUACUUUUAUUUUUCUAUAUCAUUAGAGAAAAUC